CGGAGCCCGGUGGAACGGUGCGCGGCCCAGGCGACUUCCUCCGGCUGAGCCGAGCGGUGGCUGCAGACGUUGAAGGACACUGCCCGUGGAGUUUGUAGCUUUGGCAAGAUCGAAAUCAUGGCAGGUCCAGAAGCCGAUUCUCAAUUCCAGUUCACUGGUAUUAAAAAAUAUUUCAACUCUUACACUCUCACAGGUAGAAUGAAUUGUGUGCUGGCCACAUAUGGGGGCAUUGCUCUGCUGGUCCUAUACUUCAAGUUAAGACCUAAAAAAACUCCAGCUGUGAAAGCAUCGUAAAUGGAUUCUCGGCUGCUAAAUUCUCAUGCCUGGAGAAGUGAAUGUCAACUCAUCAUGUGAUAACUCAGUUUGUACAAUAAAUUAUGAACCUGGAAAA